GCCGAAUAAAAGAAGGACCCACCCCCACGUAACUUACUCUACACUUACCCCACAUCUCUGCCAUUUAGACAUGUCCAUUCAACUCAAAGGAAAAGCUGCAUUCGUCACUGGUGGCGGUACUGGUCUUGGUGCUGCUGUAUGCGAACUUUAUGCCCAAGAAGGCAUGAACCUCGCUAUUGGCUACAGCCGCUCUUCCACUGACGCAGAGGCUCUUGCCAAGAGACUCUCUGAGACCUACGGCAUCAAGGCUUACACUGUCCAGGCCGACCUCUCCAAGACUGGCGUGGCCGAGAAGUCCGUGGAUGAAGCCUACGAGCUUCUUGGUGGAUUGGACGUCUUGGUCAACAAUGCAGGCAUGACCAAGUUCUGCGCCUUUGACGACCUUGAUGGUCUCCAAGAAGAAGACUGGGAUAAUAUCCUCACUGUCAAUACUCGUUCUGUGUUCUUCACCUCCCGUUCUGCACUCAAGUACUUUGUCAAGAACAAGGAUGGUGGCUGCAUCAUCAAUACCACUUCCGUGGCUGCCUCCAGGGUCGUCGGUUCCUCCAUCGCAUAUUGCACAAGCAAAGCCGGCAUGUCCCAUGUCACCAGGUGCUUGGCCCGAGCCAUGGGUAAGGACAAUGUCCGUGUCAACGGUAUUGCUCCCGGAUUUUUGGAAACCCGCUGGCAACAGGGUAGAGAGAAGGACGCACGCGCUGCUGCUGCCGUUUCCGCUCUGCAAAGAACCACCUCCAUUGAAGAAUGCGCUGAACCCUAUGUCAUGCUUGCUAAGAACGCAAGCAUUACCGGCGAGAUCAUUACCGUUGAUGCUGGUCUGAGCGUCGGAACCACUGUUAUGUAAUGUCGAAUACCGUCAUGCUGGCCAUCUUUCUGCACAGGACAUAACGAUUUCGAAAUAAAAAUAUAAAGGCAAAAAAUCCCCAUUGACCUGGUGAAAAGAACAAUGGAGUUUGAAAUUAUAAAUUGAGCAGA